CAGGUGUGGGAGGCUGGGGUGGGGCUGAUCGGGGAGAUCUCUCCACCGCUCAGAAGCAGCCACUCUUGCUUGUGAGGAGAAGCCCUGUGAGGUCGCUGCUCAUCUGCCAGCUCCCACCCUGUUGGCCCUGCCACAUACACAGAGACCAUGGGGACUCUCGCGGGACACCUGUUGCCAGGGAUUUGCUUCCUCUUCUUCUCACUCUACUACUCCGUGCUGGUGUCCUUGGCCCUGCUACGGGGACAGAGGUUUCUCAAGCUCCCUCUGCCCCCGAAGGAGAAGAGAGGACACAGGUGGCAGCCGGUCCCUGUGGAAGGAGUGGUGAAGGUCGUCAUCAGCCUGGCUGGCAUCUUGGCCGAGUUCUUCUACCCACCAGGAGUCAACCGGAUGAAGAUAGUAAACUGGGAGGACCCUCGGCGGCCGUUCGUGUUCUCCAACAACUGGCAUCAUAUCACCAUGUACGGGUUCUUCAUGCUCAGCGGUGCGGUGGACAUUGUGAGCCAGUCGUGCCAGGCACGGCAGAGUAUGAAGCUGGAGCGGGCGGCCGAGGCCCUGGCCUUCUGCGUCCUGGCACUGCUGAUGAUGGCACACAUUGAGAACAAGAGCGCCCUGGAGAUCCGUGUGCACGUCCUGUUCAUUGUGCCCACCUUCCUGGUCAGCCUGGUGCUCACCAUCGAGGUCUGGGUCCCGGACCAGCCCCAACUCUGGGUGCUCAAGACCUGGUUGGGGCUGGUGUUGAGCACCUGGAUGCUGCAGCUCUGCCUGGUGAUGUACAUCCCUCCCUCCGGGCAGUCCUGGCGAUCAGAAAACCACGAGGACCUCGCUUUCCUCACCAUCUUCUUCUGCUGGCACCUGGGCUUAGGGGCAGCCAUACUGGCCACUGUCUAUGGCAUCUGCAGCCUCUGGCAUCAUCACUGCCCCUCCUGGACAGAGGCCUCAGGUGCCAAAUACCAGCCAUGCCCCACAGGCUACAGCAGUGACGAGCUGGAGAAACUCAGGGCAGGGGCCGAGCAGCAAGAUGGCGGUGUCUAGGAUUAGGACCCGUCUUUGUGCUGGCCUUUUGUCAUGAAAGUGUUGGAGAUGCCCAUUGUGUGCACAGCAUGGAAAUGCCCUGGGGUCUACAAUGUGGCUCUCCAUCACAGGACUCAUCUUCCUUGUUCCUAAAUAAACCUUCCAGCUCCUAGGAGUGCUUCCCUGUCCUCUCCAGGUCUGCCUCUUCCCUGUCUCACUACUCAGGAUGGUUCCUGGCCGUGGACUUCCAUGAAGUGAGAACAAGGAGCAGUGCUUUUCUCUGACAGCUUUUGGGAUCCAAGAGGAGAAAAUGAAAUGAGGAAAUAGAGGGAGGUGGGGUGUUGCUGGGGGCUCAGAGAGAGUUCUCUCCAGAUAUCUGAGGCAAGGCUGACUGUGUGUGUGUGUGUGUGUGUGUGUGUGUGUGUGUGUGUACAGCUGAAGGGCUGCAAUGUGUGACAGAGAGGGGUCCAUUUUUGCAGAAUGGUGAGGUCUUCUGUUUUCUUCAUUUUUCUGUUUUUUAUUCACACUAUGUGUAGCAGGAUGAAGAACUUGUGCUGUUGUUGUUUUGUUUAAUCUCAACUAAAUGGGGCUACUUCUACCUUCUAAGGGACUAAGGGAUGAGUGGGAAGGGGUAGCAACCAAUUUAGCAGAGGCUCAUGUCUGGGGAGAAAGGAGGCAAGAGAGAAAUUCCCAAAAGUGGUUGUGAGAAAUGAGAAUGAUAUUUACAUCAUUUUAACUUGUUUGGUUUUUGCUCUAAUAUAAAAAAAACUCCAUUGUUCCAACUUGUUCAGUAAAGUCUAUGAUACC